AUGAGUAAAAACUCUUAUUAUACCACUUAGCAAGGGUAGGCUUAGUCAAAAUCUGCUAACUAUCUUGAUUUAAUCAAGGGUGGUGUUUCAGUCAGAAGUCCAAAUAAACUGAACUUUAAUGAACAUGGGAAUACAAAGAAGUAUUUAAAUGAAAAAGAAAACUAUUGUAAGGAGUCAAGAAUUAAAGAUGCUGGGAAAUAGAGUAUUCUAUCAACUAUUAGUAUGAGCAAUCAAAAAGAAUAAUCAGAAAAAAAUCGCCUUAGCAACGAAUCAUAAAACCUGAAUGAUCUUGAUAUAAAACACCUUACAAAUACAAGACAAAAAGUUUAAAAUAGGAAGAAUGUAAUGGAAUUAAAAAAUCAGAUGAGUCCUGUUUACUUCAAUAGAGAUGCGGAAAGAUUUAGCUACUUAGAUUAUUAAGAUCCGUUAACAGGCAACUAGAUUUAUUAAUACAAUAAAAAUAAUGUUUUACAAUAGUAUCAAUAUAAUAACCAUUAUCCACAAUAAAUGAUAAAUUAGGAAUAAUAUGCUUAUGCUAAUAAGUAUCAUCAUCAUUCAUAAUCUCCUACACCUCAUCUUUAUAAUAAUAAUAAUUACAACAAUUUUAAUGCUUAUACAAGAAAGGAUAUUUCAGCAAUCAACGAAUAUAUAAAAUAAAACUAACACUUUAAAUCUGAAAAUUCUAGCUUAAGCUCUAUUUUACCAGACAAUAAAUGCUCUUUUUUGUCUGAUUAAUCAGAAUAUAUUACAGAAAGGAGAGAAGAUUCCUUUGGUAAUGUAGAGAUUGUAAGGAGAAAAAUUGAAUAACCUCAAAAUAAAGGAGUUAAUAAUCUACAAGCUCCUAAUCUUCCUCAGCCUCCUAGCGUAUCUGAUCCUGAUCUAUAGAAGUACACUCGUAAUAACUUAAAUUAACCAAUCAGUACUGCUUAUUAAGUUAAUGAUAAUAGAUCAUAAGCUAGACUAAUUCCAAAAAUUAACUUUGCUACAAUUAUAUUUUUGAUUCUUCUUAUAUACGUUGCCUAUAAAAAUAUCAAUAAAUUCUUAAAUGGUGAAAGUAUUUUUAAUUAAUUGACAGCUUCUUUUAAAAAUUUUGGGUUAGAAUACAAUAAGAAGCCUUCUUAAACUAAAAAUAAAAUAAAUAAUGAAAAUCUGUACUAGUAAAACUCUUUCGAUAGCAAUAACGAUAGUAACAUGGAUAACUCAAAAACUAAUAUAUAUAUAAAAGAAGAAAUUAAAUAAGAUAUGGAUUCCAAUUUAGCGAAAAAGUUUGCUAAAGAAUUGGUAAUAGAAUUAGCAGAUUUAUUAAAAGUAAAUAAAUGUUAGUUAUAUAAAAAUAUAUAAUAUAUAUUACUAUAUUUUUUUAGGUAAAAGGAAAAUUGUAUCGAUCUGAGUAUGAAGAAAAUCUAAGCAAGAGAUUUAUGA